AUGGCUGACGAGGACGACUCGUCAACGGACCCCGCCGCUGGUCCUCCACCAUGGAGCCCUCCAUCGGAGCGGCCUCACUCCGUGUCGUUCACCGACAGCGUUCAGCCGGCCGUUGGAAUGGUUAGCCAGUUGCUAAGCCAGCCGUCAUCGCUCAAGUUCGAUAAAAACAUCAAACAGGCCUUUUACAACACCGGGGCGAUGAUCUUCGUGGCUAUCUGCUGCGGGGCGGCGGUGCUGGUCUACUUUAUCCUGGAGGCCUUCCUCCGGCCGUUGCUCUGGGCCGUGUUGUGCGGCACCUUUCUUCACCCCUUCAAGCACUCCCUCGCCCGGCUAGGACGCUCUUGGCUUAGCGGCCUUCAGGACACCGGUACGCCCAUAGUGGUGGGCACUCUGCUGGUGCCGGUGUGGUGCAUUAACCACGCGGUGGACUUCAUGGGCCGGCAAGUGAUGGACAAACUUCCGCUGCUGUUGGCCAUCGGAGCCGGGGCGCCGUUGUUAUACGUCCUAUACGUGUCGUGGAGUGUCGUCGGCAUGCAGGUGCUUUUUGGCCACCUGUGGUGGAUGAUCGCGGCGGCGUUGGACUGUUUCCACGUGGUGUGGGUUUGCACCGUGGUCAUUGGCUACUUGCUGGCAGUAUGUUUUAAGUGGAGUCUUUACACUGAAGGCUAUCUAAGGUCCGCAGCCUUGCCCGUCUGGAUGACUCUACUUUUUUACAUUGUGUCUUUGACGGGCUCGUGGCGGGUUCCCUUAUUUGUGGUGGUGUUGCUGCUACUGAUCGUGGGUUCCCAAGAGAAGCCUCCAGUCCCUGGUAGAGGAGAGCUGACUGGGCAGGUGUUGUCAAUUGCUGCUAACACUAUUUACAUGGCCAUCUCCUGUGGCAGCCCGCAGUCCAAAACUGAGCCCAGUGAAGCAUGUACUACAGACUCAACGGACAACUUCCCUGGCACAUCGGGGUUCCGCCAGAACUCAAGAGGAGUCCCGUCUGGUCUCUUCCAGAAGACGUCCUCCCACAAGGCCAGUGACAUUUACUUCAUCCUGCUGGCGUGGGCAAUCGUCCUUGUCCAGAUCUGGUUCAACUUGUGGGUCCUACAACUCCUGCCCAUCCCAGUGGCCGUGUGGGUGAUGAAGAAGCUGGUGGUCCAUUUUGGCUUGAAGAGCUUUGCGGCAAGGACUCUGAGCUCAUGGUGGGUCGUGCUGGAGAAGUUUGGGCGGGAACGAGAAGAGGCUCUGCUGCCUGGUCCAAUCAAAGGAUUGGCUCAGUUCCUGCUGCGUAUUGACACAAAGCUGUGGCAUUGGCUUAACAAGCAGAUGGUGGUGUGGUUGGAGCGCUCGCUGGAUAAAAUUAUCAGCAUCUUUAUCAUCAUCCUUCUGGUCACUGGGACCCUUCUCAUGGGGCUGUUGCUCACAGCGAUGGUACACCACGAAAGCGCUCACAUCAUUGACGUCACAAGUAAUCUUAUCAAUGAGACAGUCUCCAACCAUCCAGAAUGGGCAAACUUGCUCCCAGAAACUCGUGUGGUCCAGAAAGCUUUGAAUUCAGCCGCCACCAACGUCUACGAGCACGGGAGAGAAUGGAUAACUCAAAAACUUCACAAGAUUUUAGGAGACAAGGUGAACCAUACAGAUGUGAUUGAGAAGCAGGUGCUAGAGCUUUGGGAUCGACUUUACCACUCGUGGUUUGUCAAGAACGUUACCCACUCGGGGCGCCCCCGCAGUCACAAGUUGAAUAUUCAGAGAGGAAACAGCUGGUUGGUGGACAUGCUGGACUGGAAGGAUAUUGCCUCCUUUCUGCAGGAGAAUAUUGAAACUCUGUGGUCUAUCUUGGAGUCUCUCUGGGUGGUGAUGAGCAGGAACGUUGGCCUCCUUAUCUCUACGACCACUACACUUCUCACUGUGUUGUUCCAUAGUGGCACAGCUCUGCUCAACUUUGUCCUCAGCGUGGUGAUCUUCUUGACCACCCUGUUCUACCUGCUGAGCUCAAGUGGAGAGUACUACAAGCCUGUCAAAUGGGUCAUCAGCCUGACUCCUCUCUCACAACCAGGACAGUCUUCCAACAUCAUUGGGCAAUCUGUGGAGGAGGCUAUCAGAGGCGUGUUUGAUGCCUCUCUCAAGAUGGCGGGCUUCUACGGCCUGUACACUUGGCUCACUCACACCAUCUUUGGCAUCAACGUGGUCUUUAUUCCGUCAGCUUUGGCUGCCAUCUUGGGCGCCGUUCCCUUCCUGGGCACAUAUUGGGCUGCCGUGCCCGCCGUGUGCGACUUGUGGCUGGCACAGGGUGAAGGCGUCAAGGCCGUGCUACUGCUCGUCUGCCACCUGUUGCCGACCUACUUUGUGGACACCGCCAUCUAUUCGGACAUCUCUGGUGGGGGUCACCCUUACCUGACAGGCUUGGCAGUGGCGGGUGGCGCUUACUAUCUGGGUCUGGAAGGCGCCAUAAUCGGACCCAUCCUGCUGUGCAUCCUGGUGGUGGCGGCCAACAUCUACAGUGCCAUGCUGAUGAGCCCUAACUCCACGACCCCCACGCCCAUCCAGGCGGGCUGGCCGCUCUCUCCCUCCAGGCUUUUCUCUGAGGUGACGCCUUCCAUCCUGAAGAAGAGCAGUGAGUAA